AUGACGACGUACAGGGUCUGCUGCUUCCUGCGGCGGUUCCGGGCGGCGUCGAACGAGCCGUCGGAGGCGGUCAGGGACGUGUUCCAGGCGUACAACGACGGCGGCGUGCUCGGGGAGGAGGCGCUGCGGAGGCUCCUGCGGGAGGUGCAGGGGGAGACCGAGGCCGGCGCCGACGCGGCAGCCAAGGAGGUGAUGGCGUUCGCGGCGGAGCAGAGGCUGCUCAAGAAGGGCGGCCUCACCGCCGAGGGCUUCCACCGCUGGCUCUUCAGCGACGCCAACGCCGCCCUCGACCCGCGCCGAGGGGUUUACCAGGACAUGGGCUUGCCGCUGUCGCACUACUUCAUCUACACGGGCCACAACUCGUACCUGACGGGGAACCAGCUGAGCAGCGGGUCCAGCGAGAGGCCCAUCGUGAAGGCCCUCCACGACGGCGUCCGGGUCAUCGAGCUGGACCUCUGGCCCAACGCCGCCAAGGACGACGUCGAGGUCCUCCACGGCAGGACAUGGACGUCGCCGGUGGAGCUGAUCAAGUGCCUGGAGGCCAUCAAGGAGCACGCCUUCGCGACGUCACCCUACCCCGUCAUCCUCACCCUGGAAGAUCACCUCACCCCGGACCUCCAAGCCAAAGUGGCCAAGAUGCUGAAGGAAACCUUCGGGGAGAUGCUGUACGUGUCGGAGUCGGAGCAGAUGGCGGAGUUCCCUUCCCCUGACGAGCUCAAGGGCAAGAUCAUCAUCUCCACCAAAGCGCCAAAGGAGUACCUCCAGAUCAAGAGCGGCAAGGAGGAGGCGGCGGAGGAGCAGGAGGGCGUCUGGGGGGAGGAGAUCUCCGACGAUAAGACCACCGCCCGUCAGAUGUCGGAGCAGUACAGCGGCAAGUCGUACGCGGCGGCGGCGGAGGCCGCUGGCGCCGAGGAGGAGGUGGGAGAGGAGGCCGAGAAGAAGACGCGGCAGGGGACGGACAACGAGUACCGGCGCCUCAUCGCCAUCCAGCUCACCAGGCGGAAGCACGACAUGGAGCAGGACCUCAGGGUCGACCCCGACAAGGUGACGCGCCUCAGCCUCGGGGAGAAGGCCUACGAGAAGGCCAUCGUCUCCCAUGGCGAUCACAUCAUCAGGUUCAGCUCAGCUCAGUUCUACGGAUUUGGUGACCGUUUCAGGUUCACGCAGCGGAAUCUGCUGCGCAUUUUCCCGCGGUCGACGCGCAUCACGUCCUCCAACUACAACCCGCUGAUGGGGUGGAGGUAUGGAGUGCAGAUGGUGGCGGCAAACAUGCAGGGACAUGGAAGGAAGCUGUGGCUAACGCAGGGGAUGUUCCGGGCGAACGGCGGCUGCGGCUACGUCAAGAAGCCCGACGUGCUGAUGAACAGCGACCCCGCCGGCGGCAAGCUGUUCGACCCAUCACGAGCCGAUCUGCCGGUGAAGACGAGGCUGAAGGUGACGGUGUACAUGGGGGACGGGUGGCGGUUCGACUUCCGGAAGACGCACUUCGACAGGUGCUCGCCGCCGGACUUCUACGCGAGGGUGGGGAUCGCCGGAGUCGCGGCGGACACGAGGAUGGAGCAGACGCGGGUGGUGAUGGACAGCUGGAUCCCCGCGUGGGACCACGAGUUCGGCGAGUUCCCGCUGGCGGCGCCGGAGCUGGCGCUGCUAAGGGUGGAGGUGCACGAGUCGGACAACCACCAGAAGGACGACUUCGGCGGCCAGACAUGCCUGCCGGUGUGGGAGCUCCGCCCCGGGAUCCGCUCCGUCAGGCUCUCCGACCACAAGGGCCAGCCGCUGCGCUCCGUCAAGCUGCUCAUGCGCUUCGAGUUCUUCCCCUCCCCCGACUCCAACUCCAACUCCAACUCCAACUCCAAGCAGUGA